AUGUCAUAUGACGCGGUACCCGAUUCAGAGCCAGUGGGAGCAGCAGAAAACGUGACAGACAGCGAAAACGAGGACGCUGUCGCCACGCUGGUGGAGAAACCAAAAUGUUGCUGUCCUUGUUGGAAUCGCAGAGUUUUUUUAGGGGGAAACAGACGUGCUUAUGUAACGGUGUUAGUCUUAUUUCUCAUAAACCUUCUGAAUUAUAUGGACCGGCAAACGAUACCAGGUAAGAAUACCAUUGCAAUGUUGUAUUCUCUGGACGGAAAUUUAAUGAAUGGCCAUUUUUCUCCCUUACCCCGCCCCCUUUAAUUCUGAUAAUUUCUUCAAGGAGCCCCUACUGCCUCCCAAAUGCACACCAGAAAGGGCUUGAGAAGAAUUGUAAAAGAACCCUGCCACUUGUAUGAAUUCCUCUCAAAUCUUUACAAAACAAAGCACUUGAAACAAAUUAACAAACCAAAAACCAAAAGAUUAAAUUACCCACGAAAAAGAAUCCAUUCCUUUUCGAUAUUAUUACAUAUCUAUUGUCCAUACCUCUGGCAAUGUGUAGAAAACCAUAUGUUUGUAUAUGAAGUAAUAAUAUGUUGGAGUUGAAAUCAGUGUUUUCAGGUUAAGCCAGAAUUUCCUUUGUCUCCCGUGAAUAAUAUUAUGGCGAGGAAGCAGAGGAAAUUCUGAAUCAAGCUUGGUUUAUUACUACCCAAGAUUGCAUUUUUACUAAGAAAACAUAAACAGCAGUUGUGUCUCAAUUUGCUGAUAAAAAGGAUACAAUUAUUUCGAGAAAGGUUGUCAGAAAAAAUGUGCACACAACAAUCCCGAAAGGUAACAUGGGAUAUGAUCAAUACACUGUUCCUGAUGAUUGCAGCUGUCGAAUUUAUUUGUGUUGCUUUCCUGUAGCACUCGCAAACAUAUGUUCAUGGCCUCAAGUGCCAUUCUUUCAAAUUUCUUUGAACAAAAGUGAACUCAAAACCACCCACAAUACCUUUUGGGAUUGUCACAUGCACUUUUUCUGACAACCUUUCUCGAAAUAGCUGUAUACUUGAUUACAUAAAUGUCACUCUAGAAUCCAUCUUUGGAGACCCGGGGGGAUCAGUUAGGUCAGGAAUAAAAGCAGAUCUUGAAAACUUUUGCAGCCGUUUUUCCUGACCCGACUGAUCACGUCUGGGUCUCCAAGGAUGUCUAGAAUCAUGAUAUGUGAAUAAAUGAUGAGAUGCAAUUUAUUAGAAUUAAUUUUGAAUAUUUGCUCUGUUUUUGCGUUAGGGCUUUUGGAUGGAAUUCAGAAAUAUUUUGGUAUACAAAAUAAUGACUCAGUAGCAGGCUUGUUACAAACUGUGUUUAUCUGUAGCUAUAUGCUUCUUGCUCCUGUAUUUGGUUUUCUUGGGGAUCGAUACAAGAGAAAAUAUAUAAUGGCAGCAGGGAUAUUAGUUUGGUCUGGAACUGUUUUUGCUAGCACUCUGCUCAAUAAAGAUGUAAGUAAUGAAAGAUACAGUGUCACCAUGAUUUAGUACUUACAUAUGUAAUUACUUAGGAAAAAAAAACUACCAUAAGAACACUAACAGUGUCGUAGUCCUGUUAAAUCAUAUUAAUAGUGCUCAUUGUAAAGACUAUCAUAAUGUUAUUAUAAAGCUAUUAUAAAGUUGCCAACUCUAUUAUAUAUUAAAUGUCUUGCAGAGGUUUACAAAGAAUUUGGGCGAAGUUAAAUUUAAGUUUGGUUUCUGAAGAGAGCCUGCCAUUUCAAGUUUAACAAAAGAACUUCAACUUUAUUAUAUAAACACUAAUGAAAUACCAGUUUAGCUUUCACACGAAAACAUGAGAUCUUCACUUGUGAACAUACCAUGUUAUUUUUACUGGUGAAAUGAUGAAUUUGCACUGUUCACAGCCAAGAAAUGUUUAAGUGAAAUAUGGGGCUGUAGUUUGGUAUUUCAUUGCUGUUUACUUAAAUAAUAAUAGAACAUUACAUGGCUGCUUCGAGAUAAACAAUUUUUCUUCUCAUGUUGAUUAAUAUUUUACUGAUUGGCUGCAUUUACUCAUGAAAUAUUUUUCAGCACUUGAAGAGAAAUUUUGUAUCUCUGCACAGCCGUGUAUUAUCCUCUAUUUUUUCUCUUUGACUGCAGUCUUUCUGGUGGUUCCUUGCCCUUCGUGGUGUUGUUGGAAUAGGUGAGGCUAGUUACUCAACCAUUGCUCCCACCGUCAUAGGAGACCUUUUCACUGGAGACAUGAGGACUAAGAUGCUCUCAGUUUUCUAUUUUGCCAUUCCUGUUGGAAGGUAUAUAGUGUAAUCACAAACUGGGGUGUUUAAUGUUAUGUAGUAUCCAACAGAAAUAGAGGAGAAGUAUCUCAGAAAGAUACUUUCAGCACGAAAAGAUAAUAAAAAUUCGUAUCCCCAAGCGGCCAUGUAAUGUUGUGUUUAUUUUAUAGAUACUGAUGAAAUUCUUACAUAAAACACAAUUUUUUUAAAAUUCAUUUUCGAAACAGCAAAAUAGUGCAAUUACAGUGGUCACCUAUCGCAAAGUGCCUGUCACAAAAAGGUUAUGAAACUCGGAUAUAAAGUUAUAAAGGAGAAAUAAAGAUGACAAUACUUAUAUUUUCUGUUCCGAAAAGUCAAAAUUAAUGUUAGUAACCAUGGCGACACCAAUAUCCUCACAUGUGAAAGAUAAAAAAUUAAUAGUAUCUUCACUGCGUGCGAUGAAGAUAUGACUUUUUAGUAAAAGGAAAAAUCCUGUUAUUUCAUCAGUAUCUAUAUAAUAAAAAGGAAUAUGUCAUUGAAUAAACUGGGCUGGAAAAGGUGUGGGACGAGUGAUUUUCUUUCUAGGUAAGCAACUUUUGAAGCUCACUGUCAAUGAUCCAGGGUUCAAGCAGAUCAUCCUCCAACUAAAUCACAAAGCAAAAUAUGAGAUCUGCUUGUGCAAAGACAUGCUGAAAUUCAAGUUUGAUUGGAGCAAUGAAUAAAGCCUUGAUGUAAACAUUAGAAGAGUGAUGUAGGAAUUGGUAUUGACUGAUCACUUUUGCAUGUACUAAUUACGUAAAAAUAUGAAAUAUAUUUUUUUACAUGUUAUUGUACAAGUCCAGCUGAUGGCCUUUUUGAUACAAAACAUGUGGCUUACAGGCUUGGAAGCUUAAAUUUAUCUUAGACCAUAAAAGCAAUAGUAAAUAUUACACUGGUUUGAAAAUGAGCCAUUUGUCCGAUGGUGUCGCGGUUAAAUAUGGAAGGAAAAACAAAAUGAAUUCUAGUCUUAGUCGUAAAAAUGCGUCAUCAUGCAAAGAAUAAUUUGUGAUACCUGAGUGAUAAUACACUUAAGUUGAUUUUAAAGUAUCAUGUCAGUAUAAUUUAUAUAAAUAUUUUAUAAUAAUCUUAAAGCUUUAUUGGCUUGCUCAUUCCUUGAUGCAAUCAAUUUGAAUAAAUUUAAAUAAGAUUAUGAUAAUUUUUUAAUAUUUUUGUCAUAUGUUUUGUCUUAGUGGCCUUGGUUACAUAGUUGGUACAACAGUUGCCGGGGCUUUUGACAAUAAGUGGCAGUGGGGACUUCGUGUAAGAUACUUUUCUGUAUUUAUUUGUUUUUCAAAAGUCCCUUUUUGCUUCUUUGUUAACUAAAAAGAAAAAAUUACAAUUGAUAUGUACUUCUUCCAAAAAAAUUACCCCUCAAAUUUGACUCUUAACCUUCUAAACCUCCAAAAUCCAAGUUCAAACUUUCUAAACUGAUCUCCAUAUAUUUCCUUAAAGAACAUUAUUUGAGAGGAUUUGUUUCAAGGUUCAAAUUAUUUUCCGUUAGGUUAUCAUUUUAUCAUCCUCAGAGACCCAGGGACAGAUAGUGGGGGCGAAAGAAAGUCGAAACACGGGGAAAAAUAUGGCACAAAUGAAAAGUAAAGAACGGCGAGAAGAGCCCUUGGGGACAAUGUCUUACCAGACCAUUUCCAAACGGUCGCCGCCGUUCUGGCUUCUGAUUGGUGCCAGAAAAACACAAGUUUUCUGGCACCAAUCAGAAGCCAGAAUGGCGGCGACCGUUUGGAACUGGUCUGGUAAGACAUUGUCCCCAGGCGCUCUCCUUGCCGUUCUUUACUUUUCUUCGUUCCAUAUAUAUUUUCCCGCCCAUUUAGACUUUCCUCACCCCCUUUAUCUGCCCCUGGGUCUCCAAGGAUGUCAUUUUAUCGAUUCUUAUAUGGUCAAACCACAGACACCCGCUUAUUAUUGCAGACAGUUUGCUUUGUCCCUGCGGAAAGAAAGCACUUGAAAGCCCUUACAUUUUCUCUAAAUUUACCCCACAUAACAUGGACACCCCGUCAAUACGAACACUUUCUACGACCCUCAGUGUCUGCAUUAAUGUGCUUUGGCCAUCAUUUUACUGUAACUUAAUUUCUUGAUUUUUUAUUGACAAUGGUAAGAGAAAAUUGAUGCUGGUUACCUUUGGAACGUAAUGCGUUAAAUGAUCCCGAUCUCAAAAUGAUCAAGGCCUUUUUUCUGUGCGCCCUAAAAAUUAUCCCCAAAUAUGUUUUGGAGUGGAAUGGAAUGGUAUACCACAAUAAAGGGGAAUUACCCCAGCUAACCUUCCUUCUAAUUCAGUUGUGCAUCAGUGCACGUGUUUUUUAACAUUCUUAUAAAAUCUUAUCCUUUCUUUAUUCACAUUAUAUAUUUGCUUUAGCUGUAGAACAGAUUGUACAGCCUUCCAAAAACGGGUGUGAAAUUAAAAAGUGCAAUGUUUCUACCACUUUCGGUUAUUUUGUUCAUUAUUCAAGCAGCUCAAAAUCAAAUACCCUCCAUUGUCAAUGUCUCAUUUGAAGCUAUCUCUUUUUUGUGCAGGCAACACCUAUGCUUGGUGCUGUGUGUGUCUUCCUGUGUGUCUUCGUUGUUCAUGAACCAAAAAGAGGAGCAAUAGAGAAAGGGGAAAACCCAAAUGCUGUUUCAGCUUCCAAUGUACACAACACAUCCUCCUGGCUCACUGACGUGAAGUAUAUUACCACAGUGUGAGUUUUAGUUUAUUUUCAUGAUUCACAAUGUGUACCACAUUUAUACAUCUGUCUCUCCUCACUCCUCGACACUAGUCACUGGCAGCAAGCAGCAAGGCGAGACAGCUGUAUUUGCAGGCUAUGUAUUUAAGAGCUUUUGACUUAUUACGUCUGAAAAACCUGCAUGUGAUACUUUUUUCUCUUCAUCUAUUAUCUUUGACUGUAGAAGAUGAAAAAUUGAUAUUGUCCAAGCAACAAUAAUGCUGGUCAAAAAUAAUACUUUUGAGCAUCAAGUGCCAGAAAUUUCAGAAAAAAAUUGUGAGUUCUUAAUGAGAUUCAAACUCAUGAUCCUCCUUAGAUUGGAUGCUCUUUCACUGAGCUCCUGGAGACUCUAUGGUGAGCAGGGCCAAAAUUUAAUUAAUUACACACAAGGUAGAGAGGAAUGUAUCAGGGUCUUGCUCAAAAUUAACUGUCAACCAAUGCAUAAGACCAAGGCUGUUCAAUAUUUUUUUUUAAGAGGGGGGAAUCAAGCAUCAUAGUUAAAGUUCAGAAAAAAAUUGUGAGCACCAGAUAAGAUUCAAGGUAAAUCUAGUUUCAACAUUAGGUGUCUCCCUGGCAUUUUUUAAAAGCUGGGAACAGAAUAAGAUGACGUGCAUGAAGAACUUUUUAACCUUUUUUUAUAUUAAUUUUAUAUCUUUGUUUUAUUCUUGCUUAUGACAUGAUAGGAAGAGCUUCAUUUGGUUGACCUUGGGGUUCACUUGUGUUGCAUUUGUUACUGGUGCUUUGGCAUUUUGGGCCCCUAAAUUUCUACUCUAUGCAAGCCAUACACAGGGAAUAGAUGAGAGUGAAAGAAUGUGAGCACAGAUGAGUAAUAUUGAAUAAGGGUGUACUGGUAAUCCACAUUGGUCAGUACUCCUUUUAUAGAGGUUCUGAUCUUUGUACAGUAAUCAGAGUAUUUGAAGGUGAAAUAGAAUGUAGGUAAAGUCUGUGCUCAGGUUAAAUUAACUAGUAUUUGUCCUUGUCGGGGUUCUAUAAGUAUGGGUAAUAGCAUGAUGUGUAGUGAUAUUUGGCAUAAAUACCACACAUGAUAUUUUGAAAUUAUUGUUGUAUGUAAUUUCACAAGCCAUUAGGCGAGUGAAAUGUGAGACAAUUUUAAAAUAUCACGUGUGGUAUUUAUGCCAAAUCAGGGGCGGAUCCAGGAUUUUUUUUAGGAGGGGGUGCACUCGUCUCUUGCUCUACUUCAACAACAAUAAACCACAUAGUUUUUUCUUUGCAGAAUACCAGAAUACCAGAAAACCGCCGGUCAUCUCAGGGGGGGGUGCGCACCCCAUGCACCCUGCCCCUAGAUCUGCCCCUGCAAAUAUCACAUACAAAUCAUGCUAUUAUUUGUUUAUACUACUACCCAUAGAAGGUUUGAAUUUUCACAUGUAGGUAUUUCAAAUUACGCUGAAAUACCACUGCUCUAAGCCAAUCAAAUUGCAGAAAUUUCUCAUGUAGUAGUAUAAACCUAGUAACCCUGAGGUUGAAUUUUGAUUUUACCAUAGAAUGGACUUCACCUAAAACAGAUCCAUGAUUAGACUAAAGAGCAGUUAGUUGAUCUUGUUGGCAUGUGUGAAAAUCACCACACACCAGGAUAUGUUCACAGCAGGGAUGACAUUUUUCAUUUCUCUGCAAUACAAUAUAAAGCAAUCUAAUCCAGUCCAAUCCAAUCUAUCGUUGAUAAAGUAGGUUAGUUGUUGAUGGAGGUGGCCUCAAGGCUGAUGUAGAGCUACUGUUUCUGUCUCCUGUAGUAAAUUACCUAUCCAAAGCCAGUUGUAAUGAUACAUUUAACUCUAAAAUCCUACGGUGAUUAGAAAAGUUAAAUUACAUUAUAGUUGUAUAAUCCACAGCAGUCUGCUGAGAUAAUGAUAUUUGUGUUCCUAUAGUAAGAUAUAUUUAACAGUUAAAAAAAAUGUAGGACAAGAAAAGUAGGUCCCAUUAUUAAGUCGGGACUGUAUAGUAACUUAAUUCCACCAUUAUGAAUCAAAAUAAGCAAGUUAGCCAUUGAAAACAAGAAACGAUUAGUAUUAUUUGCAGGCACCCCUCCCCCAGUGCCUCUGCCCCCAAAAAUAUAGCAUGAUAGUAUAUCGUGACUAAUUGACUUAACCGGAAAUUCCAAAAAUUAAAAGGUAAAUGUCAGAGUAUGUGUGCAUUACGUCUAAAUUUGGAGGGCUGGAUGGCACAUAUUCACACAAGACUUCACCAAGUCACCCUCCAGGAUGGAAAUUCGCAAUGUUAAAACUAAAAAAAAAAGAAGAAGAAGAGGCAGAGCUGAAAACUUAAGUUAAUGUUAGCCCUAUGGGCCAGCCCCGACUAAUCAGUCUUCUUAGUGUUUCACAUUGCUUCAUUAUUAAAAGAGAAACAAUCGAUUUCACACUGCUUCACUACCCAGAGAAGAAAAUGAGGAAUAAUUUGACCAACAACAUUGAAUGAUGGAGAAAUGUCAUUGUGUUACACAUACAUUUUGCCUUUCACAGUCAGGACCUUAUUUUUACUGCUAUGUGAUAUAAGAUGUCAGGGGCACCCAACGAGAAUAUAGUUCAAAACCACUUAAACAUAGCAUUGUUAAACGUAUUUUAGUAUUUAAACGGUAGAUAUAGGCAUAUUUUUAUCCCCUAAAAAUUUUUCAUCUGUUCGGAUUUCCUAGCUGAAAGUCUAGUGAUCCGAAAAUUAUAGGGAUCAAAACUUACCUUUUCGAAAAUUUCAGCAAGAAAAAAGGCUUCCGAAAAUUCUAGGUGACCUUUUUAGGAGAAAAAUCCGUUAAAAAUAGGCAAUUAUACCAUUUUUUAGAUGGUCGAAAAUCCUAGGAGAGGCAGGCAAGCAAGAAAUUUUACAACAAAUGUUUCGAAAAUUCUAGAUCUCAAAUCGUCUUCCGAACAGAUAUUCUUCCGAAAAUUGUCGUUGGGUGCCCCUGAGAUGUGAACCAUGCUUAACAGCCGAACGACUUGAGUCUUCAGUUAAAUAACCCCCAGAUGAUGAUAAGGUCAUUGUUUCAGCAGCAAAGGAGUGACAUUUUUCUUUUCAAUUUCAUUUUGAAGUGUCAACUUAAAGGUUGGCGGCAUCACUUGUGCCGCUGGAAUAUUAGGUGUGUGGCUGGGUGCAGAAAUAGCCCAGCGGUACAGAGUCCAAAACAGAAAAGCAGAUGCUCUUGUAUGUGCGGUUGGAUUACUAUCUUCAGCGCCUUUCCUCUAUGUAUGUCUUCUGUUAGCAGAUAAGAACAUCAGAGUUACAUAUGUGAGUAGUACUACGAUUUUAAAUGGGUGUUGUUCAUGGUUACUUGUUAAUUAAGUUGGCAAAAUAUUGUGCUUACCUUGUACUACUUUUGUUUUUUCAGGCUCUUAUAUUCUUUGGUGAGGUGCUACUCUUUAUGAACUGGGCACCUGUUGGAGAUAUGGUUUUGGUAAGGCAAAAACAUUUUUCUAUCAGUAGUGUCAUUGUCAUUGAAUAUGAUGGACCAUGGCUAUUUAGAGUUUUUAAACAAGUAUUAUUAUUCAUUCAAAAUAUUUCCUCAAUUCUGAUUGGCUAAAAGCACACGCAUAAUUCACCAUAACCAGCUACUGAUGACCAAAUUUGGAGGAAUUUUGCGAUUAAUGAACGGAUGAUGUCAAAAGUGCAGCUUCCUUGCAGGUUAAUGCACUGUUAACUGAGAACACUUGGGGACGAGGUUGAGUUGUUUUGGUUGCAAAAACAAAAAUGCCGGACAUUUCACUCCUUUCAAGAGUAAGAGCUAGGCGAAAUGAUAGCUAAAAACAUGGCAAGAACAGCAAAAGACAACUCGAAGGGCGACAUCUGCUAUUUGGAGAAUAUUUGCAGAGGUGAACAACCCUAAACGUGCUCUAUCGAAAAUGAACUUAACAUCGAUGGAGGUAAGCAUGUUUAAGCUAUGUUUUUAAACUCAGAAUUGAUUUGAAUGAUUAAUAAAACAAUUAUUGAAUUAUAUUAUUGUGGAAUUAUAUGAAGAAUUAUGGAGAUCUCGGAGGGUGUUAUCCUCCUUGGCCUACGGCCUCGACAGAUAACACCCUCCUCAAUCUUCAUAAUUCCUCAUAACAUACUCAGCCUCAUUCAUUAAUUGUUAAUUAUUGAUUUCAGUAUAUAAUCAUUCCUGCUCGUCGCUCAACUGCUUCAGCUGUUCAGAUUCUUGUCUCACACUUGCUGGGUGAUGCAGGUAGUCCAUGGCUUGUUGGUCAGGUAAGAUUCUUAAACUCAACAACAGAUUUCAUUACACUAGCUGAGCAUAGUGAAUGACUCAAACAGAUAAUGCAUAACAAGGUUUAAAACCCUGACUUACGAGAGCGUAUACUAGCUGACUUUUUAUAAGCUUGGUUGGGAGGUCUUACUCGGGACAACCAAAAAAAACAACCCCAGCCAGAGUUGAGAGUUCUAAGCCUGAUCAGUUUUUAAGUUUGUUGAGCUGACCACUCCGUCACACCACCACUACAUUUUGCCGGGUAGGAUGUGUCAAGUACAGUAAACGCCCACAAAUAAGAACCUACUUUUUUUGAAGUUUGGCAAAGUAAGUUUGGGAUUCUUAUUGGCAAUUUUGGCGAAGUGGAUUCUUAAUUUCUGUGAAGGAGAUAACUGAUUGUUGAUUGCCCAAAUAAGAAAUAAACUUGGGUUUGGUCCUUAAUUAUACAGUAUUUAAUCACAACUGCAUUAUUAAAACCAUAACAAAACUGAUUACAGUAUUUAUGUACGGUUUGGUACAGUAUGUUCUUGUUAUGCUUAAAUCCUUGGUUAAAGUUAUUCGUCAUAAUUUAACUGCAACCCACAUAUAAGAACCUGCUUGAUCUUGCUUGGCGCUAAACGGGUUCAUGUAUUUUUGUGUAUUAAAGUGGCAAAUUUCUGUCAGAAGGUUCUUAAUCCAUUAGGUUCUUAUUCACAGGUGUUUUUUGUAUCAGCCUUAUACUACCUCUGUCUCUUGGUCUUCUCACUGCCAAUAAUGCCCAACGUAAAAAAACUCCUAAUUUCGUGUUGUAGACUAAUAAGAAUAAAAAACUAGCACGUUAAAUAUUACUGCCGAAUAAGUUUCAUCUAGAAUGUUCACGUCAGUGCAUUAAUUGGUCCACCGUCUUAAAGGUUUAAACUGCAUACUGAAUGAAUCGUACAAUGUUUAAGUACUGGUGAAGAGGUUUCUUUUGCACCGUAGGGUUUUAUUCACAGAGCUUAGAGUUACAACAUACAAAAUAAACAGUACCGUGCGAAGGUACUGCUACCAACACUUACUGCUACCCUACGAGAAGUGGUUUCUCCAGGCUGGACGCUAUACUAUGUAGCCUAAGGCCAGGAGAUACCACUGCUCGCAGGGUAAGGUACUGCUAAAGUGGAGACUGCAAUUGAAUGGUCUCACCGUGGCAAGGUAAGGCUCCCUUUCAUAGCCUCACAAUUUAAGGGUUAAACCAUGAUUCUAUUCUUUUCUAUACAGGUUUCUGAUCUAAUAAGGGGAUCAAAGACCACCGAUGCGGCUCGGGCAACAAGCAUGGAGUAUUCGCUUUUGAUGACAACAUUCAUUUCUGUCUUGGGUGGAUUUUGUUUCAUAAUGUGCUCAUUCUAUCUGGAAAAAGAUCGAGAAAAAGCAGACGAAUAUAACAGGACUCAUGAUGAUGAAAGCUCACUGUUAAGCUCUGUGGCCGCAGAUAAUUAUCCUUCCAAUUGUUGUGCAAACCAGACAUUAGAAAAUGAUGACGAUGAUGAUGAUCACCUGAUAGGAAUAGAACCUGACACUCCUACUACUCCAACUCCGUCUGAAGGAGAAACACUUGUAGUUCCAGUCGAUGUUCAUACUUCGGUACCAGUCCAAGAAAUACACGGCAACCACGUUAUGUGAAUACUGACCAUUUUCAUCAAUUUGUAACAUAUAAUUUCAUUUUUAUAAUACUGAAUCGUACUGCGAAUGAAAAGAAAAAAAUGAUUUCGUUCUUUUAUAUUUCUUUAGUGAUCUUUUGAAAGAUUGCUUGGAUGAACGUUUUUUAUGAAAACACCUUGAAUAUUUCCUAAUUUCAGUAACGUUUUAUAUUCGCAUUUUAAAAUAAGACAGACAGACAGUACAGGUAUUUUUGAUUGGAUUGUGAUCUGCACCUAAAGACGUGUC